CGGGUGAAGAGAUAGACAAAAGACUGGCUCAUGUUUCUGUGGUUAUUAUAAAAAGAAGAAGGGAACGCGGUUCACUAAAUGAACUAGUAUGAUCUGUUGUUCAUCUUUAUUGAUCGGGAUUGUCCGCGCUCGCCCCCGCGCCCGCGCGCGCGCCCGGUAGAGCAGUUCUCGGCGAGCUCUUCCUCCUCCUCCUCCUCUCUCCCGCAGAUCCUCCAGAGAUGAGGUCCUGAACACCAGUUCCUCCAGUGAACACCUCAGCUCCUGCUCCUGCACAGGAGUGAACGAUGGCCAUCCAUGUGGACGGGCUGCUGGCCAUCAUCCUCUUCUAUCUGCUGAUCCUGGCGGUCGGGAUCUGGGCGGCGUGGAAGAACAAGAACUCCGGGAUCUCGGCGGGAACGGACCGCAGCGAGUCCAUCAUGGUCGGAGGAAGAGACAUCGGCCUGUUCGUGGGAGGAUUCACCAUGACCGCCACAUGGGUGGGCGGCGGCUACAUCAACGGGACGGCGGAGUCAGUGUAUCUGCCCGGCUCCGGCUUGGCUUGGGCUCAGGCUCCGUUCGGAUACGCGCUCAGUCUGGUCGUGGGCGGGCUGUUCUUCGCCAAGCCCAUGCGCUCUCGAGGAUACGUGACCAUGCUGGACCCGUUCCAGCAGCUGUACGGGAAGAGGAUGGGCGGCCUGCUCUUCAUCCCUGCGUUACUGGGAGAGAUGUUCUGGUCAGCGGCCAUCCUGUCAGCGCUGGGGGCGACGCUCAGCGUGAUCGUGGACAUCAACAUCAACGUGUCUGUGGUGAUCUCGGCGCUGAUCGCGAUCUUCUACACGCUGGUCGGAGGACUGUACUCUGUGGCCUACACUGAUGUCGUCCAGCUCUUCUGCAUCUUUCUGGGUUUGUGGAUCAGCGUGCCGUUCGCUCUGUCCAAUCCUGCCGUGUCGGACAUCGGAGUGACCGCCGUCACCGCAGUGUUUCAGCCUCCGUGGCUGGGGGAGAUCGACCCGUCCGACGGCUGGAUAUGGGCCGAUAACUUCUGCCUUCUCAUGCUGGGCGGGAUCCCGUGGCAGGUGUAUUUCCAGCGGGUCCUCUCGGCCUCCUCUGCGAGUUAUGCUCAAGUCCUGUCGUUCCUGGCCGCUUUCGGCUGCCUCGUCAUGGCCAUCCCGUCCGUCCUGAUCGGGGCCAUCGGGGCCUCCACAGACUGGAACCAGACGUCGUACGGGCCGGUUCCCCCGGUGGAGAGGGACGAGUCGGACAUGAUUCUGCCCAUCGUGCUCCAGCACCUCUGCCCGCCCGCCGUCUCGUUCCUGGGUCUGGGCGCCGUCUCCGCCGCCGUCAUGUCCUCCGCCGACUCCUCCAUCCUCUCCGCCAGCUCCAUGUUCGCCCGCAACAUCUACCAGCUCGCCUUCCGGCAGUCCGCGUCGGACCGAGAGAUCGUGUGGGUGAUGCGGAUCACCAUCUUUGUGUUCGGAGCGCUGGCCACGGCCAUGGCCCUGCUGACGGGCUCGGUGUACGGCCUGUGGUACCUGAGCUCGGACCUGGUGUACGUCAUCAUCUUCCCUCAGCUGCUCUGCGUGCUGUUCGUCAAGGGCACCAACACCUACGGCUCGGUGGCGGGGUACGUGUUCGGGCUCCUGCUGCGGGUCGGCGGCGGCGAGCCGUACCUCAGGCUGCCUCCCUUCAUCUACUAUCCCGGCUGGCGGCCACGGGAGAAGCAGCACCGCCUGACGCUGGAGGUGGAGCGCUACGUGGAGCAGAGGUUCCCCUACAAGGCCGUCUCCAUGCUCGCCUCGCUCCUGAGCAACGCCGCCUUCUCCUACCUGGCCAAAUACCUGUUCGAAAGCGGCGCUCUCUCGCCCAAGUACGACUUCCUGGACGCAGUGCUUUCCAAACACAGCAAGGAGACGAUGGACAAGACGACGCUGGUCACGCACGACAACAUCGUCCUGUCGGAGCUGGCCGCGGUGAAGCCCAGGCACGGGAGCUCUCUGGCGGGAACGUUCGUGAACACAGACGCGCUGACGGACGAGGACACGGUCAGCCCCGACGCCGACGCCCAGCGGAGACACCGUUGAAGACGACUCAAGAGGGAACACUGGUUGAACUAGUGGGACUUUACCGUAAUGUGACGUGACCUUGUGAUGGUAUAUCUGAAACAAGCUUACGUUUAUUCACUUUUUUACAACUGUUAUAGAACAACACGCUUUCAAUCGCGUCGGCUACUGUAUAUGAUCUAGAUCCUCAUGUGUCGUAUCAGCAUACAGGGAAAGCAAUCAGUGUCUGUCAAGCUCCAAAGAUGAUAGAAAAGUGUCCUAUUCCAAUAUUAGCUGUCUUAGUCUGCUUUUGGAGAUAUUCCCCUUCAUGAAGUGUUUAAUACACAUCCUCAAAGUUUCAAAGAUAAAAACAGUUUUCAUCUCCUAAAAGAAAAAAGUGAUUCUGACCUGAAACGAGUCGUCUCACUUCCUGCUGGACCUGUAGAUGUGUACUUCAUUUGCAUAAUGCCAGCCUGUGGUGUUGAUUGGCUGAACAGUGUCUCUUAGCUCCGCCCUCAGACACUGUAUCUGAGACGGGGAGAGUUUGGCUCGUGUUGUUCGUGUCGAGGAGACGCUGUUCUCUGAGAUCGAUACGGUGAAACCCACGCCAUCGUCACUGUUCGCAUCACUGUGAUCAAGAGCUGAGAUUCAGAUAUGAUAAUGAGCGUUUGCUUUCUGACCAAUCACAGCUGAGCAGCUCUCAGAGAGGCGGGGCUUAGAGAGACUGAAUCUUCAAACGAAGCGUUUCAGACACUGAGAGAAGUAAAGUCUUGGAGGAAACUCUGAGGCCUUUACAGUAGCAUAAUAGGGCAGUUGAUCCACUUUAAUUAUUUAUUAUUAUCUUUUUAAAGUCACUAUUCACUGUCAAAUGUCAUCCAUAUUCAAGCUUGCUGCAGAAAGAUAUUGCAAGACUUUACUACUAGUCUUGUUUUUGACAUUUUUGGAGCUUAACAGCGUCUGUCCCUGCGAACUUUCAUUAAAAGAGUUGAGCAUUGUGUCAUGAAACAGCUGGACUUGAGGGUGAGGAAAUGAUGACAGCAUUUUUUAAAUAUUCCUAAAACGUUGGGUAUGUAUUAUUGAUAUUUGUCCUCAGUUGUUUUGGCUGUUGGUCAUAAGAUGCAGGUCGUGUGUGUGUGAAUUUCCUCAUUACUUCCAUGGCAGGAGCAACAGCACCACCUCAUUGCUGAGAAAUAUGUAGCUGAUAAAAGUCACAGUGGCAGUUUAUGUGUGUGUGUGUGUGUGUGUGUGUGUGUGUGUGUGUGUGUGUGUGUGUGUGUGUGUGUGUGUGUGUGUGUGUGUGUGUGUGUGUGUGUGUGUGUGUGGAUGGGUUGUCUCGCUGAGUUUGAUGUAGUCUCCAGUGUUGCUGAUCUGGAUUUCCUGUAUGAAUAUUAGAGAAUGAUGGAUUAGUAAACUUGGAUCUACACUAAAACAUGUUUGGGAAUUAAGACUGGCUCAGGUGAUUCGUUUCAAUAAACCUGAAGGCAAUGUCAGCCCAGUAACACAUAGCUAGGUUAAAUAUGACUAUAUAUAAUAUAUUUUGUGUGAAUUCAAUCAGCAAUCCCGUCAUAUAGGCCAUUGCUCUUUGGUUGGGAUAGAUGUUUAAUAUAUUUGGCUGUGAUAUGUAGAAACUGAGCACGUUGGCAUACACUGUGUGUGUGUGUGUGUGUGUGUGGCCUGGCCCUUCAGUUUAAUGCUUCAGCAGGACAUGCGUCAGUGUCAAGCAAUGGUCGUCCCACAGGUCUGCUUCCGACGCACUGAUAACUCUACAGAGGGAUUGCAGGGCGGCGAUAGACUAAUGUUCAAUUACCCAGACUCCUUUGCAUUUGCAUUAGGGUUCACGUGUUAGGCCGAGGGGAGUUUUCUGGGGUUUUGUUGUCCAAAUUUCUUCUUGUUUUGGCGAGUACAGUGUGUUCCCGGCUGGUCCUCGAGCUCUCUGCUGUAUGGAGGCUUGCGUCAUUCAUCCUGUGAACUCGUGACAGCAUUUAAAAACACUUACAUGUGUGUAAUAAUGUGUGUAAAAAUUCACCCUGAGGUAAAGAGGUCAUUCUCGCUCGUAAGAGAGUAUACAUACAAGAUAACAAUAGCAGAGUUGAUAGAAACAUGCAACGCAAAAAACAACAACAUGCACAUCAAAUGUGAAACAAACAAUAUAUGGACUUGUUUCAGCUCUUUCUGUAAUGUCUAAUCAAUGUUCUUAUCAGACACUGUAAAAUAAUAUCGUUGAGUCUUCGUUUAGGGCUGAACUCAAUGGCACAUCAAUAUAAUUGAUUCUACUUAAGUCAAUAUAUUGACUACUUUAGAAAAUAGAAAUAGAGUAUUUUGUCCUUUGGAUGGUGUUGUGGUGUGUUGACGUCUUUAUUUGGACACCAUGCGUCUGUAUCUGUGUGUAAUAUUCUGGAGAUGAUAUCAAUCACAGCUUUAGGGAAUAUGAGUGAAGGAGAAAAGGUGUUUUAAUGAAAAUGCUGUUUGUCUCUUUAUAGUCUUUAUAGUACAUGGUGUUUAAAUCCUACAAAUUUAAUUUAAUCUUCACACUACAACAUCACUGAAUGAACAACAGUUCCUUUUGUGUUCAAUAAUUUAAUUACAUGUAAGAUUCUGGCACAUGUAUGAAUGAAAGGCUAAGAGGAUAAACAGCACUGCGUGUGUGUAUGUACAAGUAUGAGAUAUUUGCAGGACGGCUGCGUACGAAGGAAAUAUGAUUUGUGUGACCUAAGUGUUUGGGCUUGUAUUAAUGUGUUUAUCUGUUGUUGUAAAGUGUAUAUUAGUGUGGUCGAUGUACACGUAUCAAGCACAGCCGCCUCAGGACACCAGAUCACAAGUGUCAUUUUUAAACCGUUCAGGAGGAAAUAUUUAUUUAUUUAUGUAAUAGUGCGAUGAAUAUGUCAGCUAUAGGAAUUAAAUUACAUUGUUUGGCA